AUGCAAAGAGUCCAACAACAACUGUCAGUUGCCAUUCUGUGUCUGUUCUUGUUUGUUUCCUUUGUCCAUUCUCUCACAGUCACAGGCCUUUACUGUCCUUUGAGAGAUUGCAAAGAUCGUGCCUGUCCAUUCACUGGCUUUGUCAUUGACAAACGUGGAUGUCCCACUUGCAGAUGUCGUGAUCCAAGAGAGCAUGCACUUCGUUUGACUGGAACCUUGAUGAAGAAGAUUCAUUCUCAGUUGGAACAACAAAAUUAUCAAUUCAGAAAACCAAACUUUGGUAACUGUCCAAAACAUGCAUGCAUGAGGUUCUGUCCACAUGGACACGAAACCGACCUCAAUGGAUGUCGAAAAUGUUCUUGUUUGAAAGGUCCUUUAUCUUUGACAGAAACAUCCAAAACUUCUGACGUCGUGGCCAAACCUCCAAUCAAAGAUUCAAAGGAACAGUUAUUGCAAGAAUGCAAGAAAAAGUGUACAAUUGGAAGAGCCUAUGUACUGCCCAAUGGAAAAUGUGGAUGCGUGCCACUCAAUCGCAUCCGUCCUGUGUCCACGUUGUCAUCGCUAUUGUCCAAGUGGUUACAAGGAAGGUAA